CUCACCACACAGUUACCGUAACAUUCAAUCAAAAUCGGACAAAAUUCAAGGUCAAUCAUAGCUCCACCAGAUAUUUAAUGUCAUCAUCAAUGGAUAAAGUUGGUGAUAAAAGUAAAAAAUUAGAUCGUCCCGAUACACCAAUACUACGACGAAGUCGACGAUCAUGUGUUAUUUCGAAUGAACGAAAAUUAAAAUGUUGUUCUGUUGAAAGUUCGCUCAAAACGUUCCGCCAUGAACUCCUCUAUACCGCGUGGAGUGAAAAGCAGUUCGAAUGCAGUGUUUGCCAUAAAAAAUUUGUAAGCAAAUUGAAUUUAAACAAACAUCAAAUUAAGCAUCGCAAACUGAAUAAAUGGUGUUGCAGUGAAUGUCCGGAGAUUUUUGAAUGUUCAGAUGACGUUUAUUGGCAUGAACGAAUUCAUCAUUGGAUCGAUAUGCUUGAGCUAUUUUCGCCAUUUAAGUACAAAGAGUCAAAAUUGAUUUUUCAAAGUGACGGCGUUGAGAAAAAACUGAAAACCAUACCCGAGAAUAUUGACGACGAAUUAAAGGCUUCGUCGAAGGACAGUGUCGAUGGCACCAAUAGUACCAAUACCGAUAGUACCAUUGACGCCGAUCACAAUAAUAGGCAUGGUGAAAUGUCAGGAAGUGACGGUGAUCGACCAGAGUCGAUGGAAUCCAGCUCAUUUGUAAUUACCAGAGCUAUUCAUAUGACGGAUGGUGGCACCAUGAACAAACCUGACGAUAAAGUAAAGAGCAAUGGAAACGAACAACAGAUUAUUCGUUCAAUUCAAAAUGAUACGGAGCUUGAUACGGAGAACAGUAAUGAGUUGAAUGUCGAAAAACUAAUCAUGCCACCAACCAAUGAAAAUAGUAUAUUAGUUGAAACUAAUGGAAACGGUGUAGAACGAACGGACGAUGCCAUAGCUACCAAAGACGAUGGCACAGCACACAAAAGCAUUGAAACUUACAAACAUUUUAGUAACACAAACAAAAUCGAAGGCAAAGUGAAGAGCACAACCAAUGGAGGGUUGAAUGAAGAAAAUGCCAUAGAAUUUCAAGGACUAUCGACGAGAAAAAAACCAAUGGAGCUUUCAUUAGAACGUAACGGUGCCGAACCAGAUGGUCUGAAUUCCAUAGUUGAAACAAAUGAGUGCAGCCCCGAAGCUACUCAACCAAAUAUGGUGGGUGAUACUCAGAGAAUUACACAGAAAAUCAUUGAACAAGCAGAUGAUAUUGAUAACGGUACAGCAAAUCAAAGUGUCACAACUGAUGAAAAGGAGCCUGAGAACAAUUCCCAGUCGAUCGAAACAGAGCUUGGUAGUGACGUGGAAUCGAGUGCCAACAAACCAAAUGAAUCAUCAAGCGAUGCAAAUUCCACACCAGUCGAGGUCAAAGAGACACAAGUCACUGAAUUACCGAUGGUGGACGAUGCCAAAUCAAACGUAGUAGACGGUUCCACAAAACAAACUAUCCCAAAUGAUGAAAAUAACCAGAAGAUUAUUUCCUCGGUUCCACCCUCAAUUGAGAUGGAUAGGGGACUAGAUGGUGAUAGCGAUGUCAAUGAUGUACCAACCGAUGAAAAUUUUACGGUUGAUACAAAUGGACCGAGUGAGUGUCGCGCCGAAUCGACAACAAAAGUCAUUGUGUGCACGGACGAUGACAGACCAAACACAGUCGAUGAUGGAACAAUGAAAACUGUCGAAAAUGAAGGAAAUGGAAAAGAGAUCAAUUCACUAAUUGACGGAAUGGAAAUGGAAAGCGAUAUCGUUUUGAAUGCUGACAAACUAAACAAUCCAGCAGCUAAUUCUGUCGAAAGAGAUGAGUACGGCAUCAAAAUCCCAGCUCACAAAAUUACCAUAAAUUUUGGUCGUUUUCGAGAGAUGAGUUCCCAAUCGAUUGAUGACACGGAGCACGAAAAUACGAAUGAACGGAUCGACUCGAGUAGGGACACACUAAACGACUCACCAACGAACGAAACUUGUGUGGAUGAAACAAAUUAUUGUGGUGGCGAUAUGUCGAGUGUAUAUGAUCAUCCCAAUCAGACCCAAUGUGAUGGACAAUCGGAUAUAUCAAAAUUAAAUAUCCAAUUCAACAAUAUUCAAUUGCAUGAAAAUUCGCCAUGUAAACAGUGCGAUACGGUAUUUAAUUGUAUCGGUGCCAAAUUGACACAUGAAUGUAUUCAAUCGAAAGUAACAUUCACGCCGCGUGUACUUUUUCGUGAAGAACCAUCAUUUGAAAUAUCGGAUUGUGUAUCAAAUGAGAUGCCACUCGAAGACCAGAGUCCAAUACGAUUGAUCAACGGUAAAAAUAAGAGUCUACGACAUUUAAAUAAAAAUGCCACACCAAAAACACCGCACUGGGACACUUCCUACUGGGACACUUCAUUCGAUCGAAUUGAACGUGGCAUGAGUAAUGUUAGCCUUGAUCAAAAGACCGGCGAUGACAAUGCAAUUGAAACGAUCGCUGAAUCAUUAAAUGAUGGUACGAAUGUAGUGGAACCGGUAACGGAGCCAAGGUCUCAAUCAAAGACAACAUCGAAAACCAAAACAAAAGCAACACCAAAAGUGUUAAAGAAGAGCGUAUCAAAGAAAGCAGAAAAAGAAGAAAUUCCACAGAAAGAAACGCCAAAUAAACAACCAAAAACACCACGAACACCACGAACACCACAAAAUGCAGCAGUUGAAUGCACAAGAAAGCUACGUUCAGCAUCACGAACAACGCCCAUAUAUAAAUGUGAUGGUUGCGAUUUACUGACACCAACUUUAGUUCAAUUGGAUCGUCACAAAAUUGUAUGCCAGUUUUAUGAUCGCAAAACCUGUUCACCAUCACGUGAACGUCGUACACAAAAGAAACAAGCCGAACCAAUGAAAAUACAUACAUCAACACCAAAUAAAAACGAUGCAAAUAUGCCAUUGGGACUGAUCGACACGCCAACCGUACCAAAAAUUAAAAUUGUCAGAUCGGCGAAUAUUUGGAUGGUGAAAAAUUGACGGAGAAAAAAAAGACUACAAUUUAUUUGACAAUGGACGGAACUUUUUCACAUAUUGAAAAAUGUUGACUUAAAUCAUGUUUAUAUUAGACAUACAUUGCUGCUAUUGUAAAGCAUGACUGCAUGAGGCAGGUGUGUAUGACACACAUGAAACGUACUACUUUAUUAAUCGAUUUUUUUUUCAUUAUAACGAAAUUUAGCAUCGAAAAAAUAGGGAAACCUUUUCUACCUCAGAAAAAAAAUUCAAAAUAAAAUUUCGAAUAUUUUAUCUAUUUAUUUUCGAAUAAUCAUCGUGCA